AUGUCAUCACUUAAGACCGAACGUUGUCAAAGAAUUGAUGAAGAGGUUGUUGCUUCUAAAGACGAGAUCAAUUUGUUGCCCGACGAUUUGCUCAUCCAGAUUUUGUUGCUUGUACCGUGGCGUUAUAUCUGGACUUUGAUGCCUAAACUCGAGUACAAAGACACUGGUCAUGAGUGCAAAAGCGUUUGGAAGUUUCUUGACAAGUUUUUGGAACUUCACAAAGCACCUUUGUUAGAAACUUUGUGUAUCCAACUCGGUAAAAAUUGUCCAACUGAUGUAGAUGUUGGGAAAUUAGUUGCAAAUGUAGUUGAUCGCUUUGUGCGCAAGCUAGAGCUAGAGCUCCACUGGACGGCAGAGCCUAGCAGCUUGCCUAAGAAUCUUUACACAUGCAAAAUGCUUGUGGAAUUGACUCUUUCGGACAAGAUUAUAGUGGAUGUUCCUUCUUCGAUUUGUCUCCCGUCACUCAAUAUAUUGCGCCUUUUUCAUGUUGUGUUCAAAGAUGAAGAUUCUCUCGAGAGGCUUAUAUCAAGUUGCUCAGUUCUUGCUCGAUCGAGAGUGAGCCUCGCCUAUUAA